GCCCGCGAGCGUCACGGCCCCGCGCGCUCCCUCCGCCCUCCCGGGCUGCGCCAGCGGAGGGAAACCGAAAGCAAAGCCGCGUCCCCCGGCGCGCGGCCCCGCCUGCCCGGUGCACCGGGAGGCCUGCGCCUUCGGGCCGCGGCUCCUCCGUGCUCGCAGCUGGGUCGCCGGCGCGGCCCGCCCGUGAGCGGCGCGCAGCAUGGGCAGGUGCUGCUUCUACGCGGCGGGGACGUUGUCCCUGCUCCUGCUGGUGACCAGCGUCACGCUGCUGGUGGCCCGGGUCUUCCAGAAGGCCGUGGACCAGACUAUCGAGAAGAAUAUUGUGUUAAGGAAUGGCACGGAGAUCUUUGACUCCUGGGAGAAGCCCCCUGUGCCCGUGUACACCCAGUUCUAUUUCUUCAACGUCACCAAUCCAGAGGAGAUUCUCAGAGGGGAGGCCCCUCGGUUAGAAGAAGUGGGGCCAUACACCUACAGGGAACUCAGAAACAAAGCAAAUAUUCAAUUUGGAGAUAAUGGAACAACAAUAUCUGCUGUUAGCAACAAGGCCUAUGUUUUUGAACGAAACCAAUCUGUUGGAGACCCUAAAAUUGACUUAAUUAGAACAUUAAAUAUUCCUGUAUUGACCGCCAUGGAAUGGUUCCAGGCCCACUUCCUUAGGGAGAUCAUCGAGGCCGUAUUGAAAACCUACGAACAGAAGCUCUUCGUGACUCACACAGUUGACGAAUUGCUCUGGGGCUACAAAGAUGUGAUCUUGUCCCUCCUCCAUCCUUUCAGACCUGAGAUCUCUCCUUAUUUUGGCCUGUUCUAUGGGAAAAAUGGGACGAAUGAUGGAGACUAUGUUUUUCUAACUGGGGAAGACAAUUACCUUAACUUUACAAAGAUUGUGGAAUGGAAUGGAAAGACGUCACUUGACUGGUGGACAACAGAGAAGUGCAAUAUGAUUAAUGGAACGGACGGAGAUUCUUUUCACCCGUUAAUAACCAAAGAUGAAGUCCUGUAUGUCUUCCCAUCUGAUUUUUGCAGGUCAGUGUAUAUAACUUUCAGUGACUUUGAGAGUGUACACGGACUGCCUGCCUUUCGAUAUAAAGUACCUGCAGAAAUAUUAGCCAACACCUCAGACAAUGCUGGCUUCUGCAUACCUGAAGGAAACUGCCUGGGCUCAGGAGUUUUGAAUGUCAGCAUCUGCAAGAAUGGUGCACCCAUUAUUAUGUCUUUCCCGCACUUUUACCAAGCAGAUGAGAGGUUUGUUUCUGCCAUAGAAGGCAUGCAUCCAAAUAAGGAAGAUCACGAGACAUUUGUGGACAUUAAUCCCUUGACUGGAAUGAUCCUAAAAGCAGCCAAGAGGUUCCAAAUCAACAUUUAUGUCAAAAAAUUAGAUGACUUUGUUGAGACGGGAGACAUUAGAACUAUGGUUUUCCCAGUGAUGUAUCUUAAUGAGAGUGUUCUCAUUGAUAAAGACACUGCAAGUCGACUGAAGUCCGUGAUCAACACUACUUUGAUUAUCACCAACAUACCCUACAUCAUCAUGGCACUGGGCGUGCUCUUUGGUUUGGUCUUCACCUGGCUUGCAUGCAAGGGUCAGGGAGCCAUGGAUGAGGGAACAGCAGAUGAAAGAGCACCCCUCAUACGAACCUAACCGUCGCCUGAGCUUGGUAAAGGAACUGCGGGAGCUGUCCUGACCCGGACCAGGGCGUGGGGAGGCCCUCUGCAUCCUCACAGGCUCGCUGCCCGGGGGAAGGAGGGGACAGGCACAGUGCUGGCAAGUGACGAGGGCAUUCUGGCCAGAGGUUAAAGGACAGGCUGACAUGGCUGGCCAUUAUGCUCUGUUAAAUCAUGUGGUCUCUGAAAUUGUCUUUUCACGUGUCUGGCAAGUAUUUAAUAAACCCUUGUAUAGUAA